AUGCCCAAGGAACUACAAGCUUGUGCAGUACAGAUUGCCCAUGAAGGGCAUCAAGGGUUGGUUAAAACCAAAGCACUCUUAAGAGAGAAAGUUUGGUUUCCGCAGUUAGACAAUAAGGUAAUUACGGAAGCAAAGGAUGGUUGUACCGCGACCAAAGUAAUAUGGGCUAAAUACACGCCAGAUGAAUGUAACCCGUUUAAGGACUGUAAAACAAUUAGCGAUCUCAACAAAACAUGGCACGAAUUAAAGAAACGAAAAGCACUUGAUGUAGACAGCCAAAAUGUCAAAAGAAUAAAGCGAGCUGAAAAGACGAUUGACGAAAUAAUUAAAGAAAAGAUCAUUGGGACCGUUUCGAUACCAAGAGCAUCUCUGGUAGAGCCCCCACCAGAACUUUUGGUGCGGCAAAUAGACCCUGCAUUUGUGAAGCAAAUACAGACAACCCUAAGGAGCGACGGGAUGAUUUCUACGAUUAUUCCUGUUUUGAUAAAAGAAGAAGAGCGAGACAUUUUUGAUAGAAAGAUGUAUGAAGAAUGCAGUUUCAUUCCACUUGGUGGAAACCAUUUAAGAAAUGCGCUAGCAUCAAUGGACAAAAAUACAUUUUCCAAUCUAGAAGCUGUAGUAUACAGUGGGCUGUCGAAGACAGAAGCUUUAAGGGUGGCGUCUAGACACAACAUUUCUACAGGAACCACUCACCAGUCAACUUUUGAGGAUAAUGUAUCCUUAUGCAGGAAUAUUCUGCAAGAUUAUCAGGGGUCUGAUAGUAAAACAAAGUCUACAUGGAGAAGGAAGUGCGCCGAGGCCAUUGGCAAGAGUAGUUUUGAGAAGAAGUUUUUCAUGAACCUGCAAGGUCUGUCAGAUGAAGAUCGUUUGACUGUCUUAACAUCUGUGACAGACGGUAAUCGGACUAUAAAAGAGGCCGAGCAGGAUGCACGGAAUACAAAACUACUAAAGGAAUUAAAAAGAAAAUUCCUAAAGACCACAAAAGUGCUAACUUGGGAGGAAGCAGAAGUACGAUUUCCUCAACAUACAACUGAAGCUGCUCUUCGCGAGUUUAUCACAACAAGAAAGCUGUCGAAAAACGAAAUGCCGACAGGCUUGUUGAACCAUUGCCACGAUGCGCAACUAUGGGAGCAACAGCAGCAAUAUAACAGCUCAAAACCCGCAUCUACAGUAAAUAUUAUGACUGAGCAAGGGCUCCAUUCAAUGGACGAAUAA